AUGAAUACCAUCGAGUCUAGUGUUACAAGACUACUAGUAUCAACAAAACAUCUAUUAGAAAGUUUAACACAAUGGGCAAGACAAGAAGCUGAUGACAAGUUUGUUUCCGAUGCAUAUGUAAAGUUGGGUAAUGAUUUCAGAGCCGCAACAAGGGUUCUUCAUACCAAUGGGGUGGAUGUAUCUGAUAUUGGAGAUGUUCCUCAAGCAUUGAGAAUUAUUCUAGAAGCAGCAUUAAGUGAAGCUCCAAGUCAAGAAAACUUAGAUCGUUUCUUACCAAACAUUAGAAAUAUUAUAGUGACACUACUUCAGAAUUUAAAGACCAAACAAUUGAAAGCAAAAUCACUUAGUCAAGAGUCUCGAAAAGCUACUGAGUUAGCUCCGACGAUUGAAGAGAGAAAACCUGAAAGAAAUGAAUCUAUUCCAACUCUUACAUCUGAUACUGUCAAAGAACCAGUACCAAGUAAUGCAUUAUCACAAUUACAAAAUGGAAAUGCAAUGCAACGACGUGCUUCAAAAAGAUUCAGUGCUUAUCAAUACGCAAAGCUUACAAAUAUAACUCCAUCAUUGCCUAGAAUACUGUCCCCAGACCAGACCAUCGAAGAAAGAUCUAUAGCCAAAGACACUGAAGUUACAAAUGAAAUAAAGCAUGAUGAGGAAAAGACCAGACCACAGAAAGAUAUCACGUCAGCAGAUAUAUUCUUGAAAAUUGGGUCUAAAGUAAAGAAGUUAAACAUAAAAUUACCGGUAACUUUUGCUUCACUUAGACUUAUGUUUGUGGAGAAGUUUGCUUAUUCUCCAGGUUCAAAUCCUUUUCCAGAAGUUUACAUACAAGAUAACAAGAGUGGAAUCGCCUAUGAAUUAGAAGAUCAUAUGUUGCAUGAAGUUAAAGAGGGAAGUAUCUUAUCGUUAAACGAACCUGAUGCUCAUUCAGCUGCAAUAGAACAAUUACAAGGAAAGAUUUCUGAUUUGAACUUAAAGAUUGAAGCUAUGGAUUCAAACAUAGUUUCUGUAGUGAAAGAAGCAAUUGGUUCUAUAGAAUUUCCAGCUCCUAUAAUCCAAACUCAGCAAGAAACUGCAAAGAAUGAUAAUCCAAGUAAAUCAAAUAACACAUUUAAUUCUAAAGAGUUAAUUGAAAUUCAAAAUGAGUUAAGGGCAAUAAAACAAAUUCAAAGUAAAGCAGGAAAGACCAUUAGAUCAACAAUUGGAGAAAUAUCUAAGGAAGUAAGCGCCUUCCAAGAAGCAGGUUUGGAAGUAUCUAAGUCUUCAAAUAGAGCUUAUAUGGAAUCAUGCCACUUAAAAUUAUCCGAAGAGUCUGAUGUAUUAUUAACUAAAGUAGAUGACUUACAAGAUAUUAUGGAAGCUUUAAGAAAGGAUGUUGCUCAAAGAGGGGUGAGGGUCAGUGAAAAACAAUUGAGAAAUACAUAUAAAGAAAUUGAAGAAGCUAACCUGGCUUUGAAGAAGAUGAGUAAUUAUAUUACAAAGGAAAGAUCUGUAUGGAAGAAGAUUUGGGAGUCUGAAUUAGAUAAAGUUUGUGAAGAGCAACAAUUUUUCAACCUUCAAGAUGACUUAACUAAGGAUUUAGAUGAAGAUAUUAAAAAGAUUGAAGAAACUUUUGAUUUAAUUGAACAAUGUUCAUUAGAGCAAAACAAACAGACUACGUAUAAGAGAAAUAAAGUUGUCGCUCAAUUACAUAUUCCUCAACCUGGAGAAAGUAUACAUAAUCUCAAAGAAGCUGUUUUGAGUGAAGUAGCAAUUUUGAAACCAGAUCAUGAAGGUAGAGUUGAAGCCAUCGAAAAAGCAGAGAGAUUAAGAGAAAAAGAAAGAGAAUUGAUGAAACUCACAAAAUUCCAGGAAGAACUAGGGGAUUUUGUAGAUGAUAAUAAGUUUAAGAAUUCAGGUGGUAUUGAAGAACUUGAAAAGAUGAGGCAAUUAAAAGACAGCGAAAAUCUUAAAAGCUCAUUGGGUAUCUUCUGA